GCCGCCAUUAGCGCUGGGACCCGCUGACAGGGUCUCGGCGGCGGCGGCCGGCGCGGCGCGGGGAGCGGAUCAGCCGGGGUGGGUCCCCGUUUGAUGGAUCCCCGGAUAGCCUGGUUCCAGCCAGAGCAGCUCGGCCCCUCGAACCGCCUGUGGAUGCAGAUCUGGGAGACCACGCAGGGGGUCCGCAACCUCUACUUCCAGCAGCAGCAGCAGCAGGAGCAGCAGCAGCAGCAGCAACAGCAGCAGCAGCAGCAGCAGCAGCAGAGCGCCCCCGCCGCGGCCGGCCCGGCCUCCCCGCCCGGCAUGUACCGCGCCCCCCGCGCCGACCCCCCGCCCGACUUCCUGCCGCUCGAGAGCGCCAACAACCCGCACGGCCGCGGGCACCGCCAGGCCUCGCCGCCCCCGGGGGCCGCCGCCUGGGCCCGGCCCGCGCGGGGGGCGCCGCCCGCCGCCGCCGCCGCCGCCAGCAACAAGAGGAAGCGCGACAACAAGGCCAGCACCUUCGGGCUCAACUACAGCCUGCUGCUGGGCCGCGCCCCCGCCCCGGCCGACGAGCCGGCCGCCCGCGCCCAGCCCGGCCUGGCCGAGCCGCUCUACACCGGCACCCCCUGGAAGAAAAGGAACUACAGCCAGGGAGUCGUGGGUCUUCAUGAAGAAAUCAUUGACUUUUAUAAGUAUAUGUCUCCCAGACCUGAAGAAGAGAGAAUGCGGAUGGAAGUGGUGACCAGAAUAGAAAAUGUUAUCAAAGAGCUCUGGCCUAAUGCAGAUGUGCAGAUAUUUGGAAGUUUUAAAACUGGUUUAUAUUUACCUACAAGUGAUAUUGAUUUAGUUGUGUUUGGAAAAUGGGAGACAUUACCUCUUUGGACCCUGGAAGAAGCUCUUAGAAAGCACAAUGUAGCAGAUGAAAACUCAGUAAAGGUCUUAGAUAAAGCAACUGUACCUAUUAUUAAACUGACAGAUUCCUUCACUGAAGUAAAAGUUGAUAUAAGCUUUAAUGUACAAAAUGGGGUUAAAGCAGCCCAGCUCAUCAAAGAUUUUAUCAAGAAAUAUCCUGUGUUACCGUUUCUAGUUUUAGUAUUGAAACAGUUCCUGUUGCAGAGGGACCUUAAUGAAGUAUUUACAGGUGGAAUUGGUUCUUAUAGUCUCUUUUUAAUGGCUGUCAGUUUCCUUCAGCUGCAUCCCAGGGAAGAUGCCUGUAUGCCCAAUGCCAACUAUGGUGUUCUUUUAAUAGAGUUUUUUGAAUUAUAUGGACGUCACUUCAAUUAUCUGAAGACUGGAAUCCGAAUAAAGGAUGGUGGCUCUUAUGUUGCCAAGGAUGAAGUGCAGAAAAGCAUGUUGGAUGGCUACAGACCAUCAAUGCUGUACAUCGAGGAUCCAUUACAGCCAGGUAAUGAUGUUGGGAGGAGUUCCUACGGUGCCAUGCAAGUGAAGCAGGCUUUUGAUUAUGCCUAUGUUGUUCUGAGCCAUGCAGUUUCCCCAAUAGCUAAAUAUUAUCCGAACAAUGAAACAGAAAGUAUAUUAGGGAGAAUAAUUAGAGUAACACAAGAAGUGGCCACAUACAGAGACUGGAUAUCCAAGCAGUGGGGAAUGCAAAGCAGAACAGAAUCUUCAUGUAAUGGUAAUGGAGUAACCUUGAUAGUAGAUACUCAGCAGCUGGACAAAUGUAACAAUAAUCUUGCUGAAGAGAAUGAAGCACUGGGAAAACCUAGAAAUAAAACUUCAGAAACACUUAGUAAACAUUCUUCAAAUUCUUCAUCAGGUCCUUUAUCAUCAUCGUCAUCCACACUGUCCAGCUCUAGUGAUGUAGAUUCUGAUGGAACACCUUGCAAAACCUCUAAACAGUUGAGUUGUCGUCAGUCUACCACAAACAGAGUGGGGUCACAAGAAGUGUCACUGGAAUCCUCCCAGUCAAGUGGGAAAACACAAAAUAGCCAAACAGCCAAUACAUCCAGCAACACAAACAAAUCUCAGCACGGAUCUGCGCGGUUAUUUCGCUCUUCUAACAAAGGCUUCCAAGGUCCGACAAACUCAAGCCAUGGUACCUCAGUCACAAACAAACAGCACCAAGGCAGCAAAUCGCACCAUCAGUUUUUCCACGGCAAAAAGAGGAAACACAAGAGGGAUGCAGCCCUGUCAGACCUUUGUAGAUAGUUGCCUACUUUAUGACUGUUCUUCUGUGUGCAAUGAUCUCAUGCUACAGGAUAGUUUGAUAGUGACUCCUUGGAUCUCUUCUGGAGCUUCAGACUGUUCAAACAUAGAUUAGCAACUGCAUUUUUUUUUUUUUCCCAGCUCGCCACGGAACGGAACAUGAAGAUUGAUCACUGCA